AUGGACGAUGAGUGGUUGGAGAGGCAAAGAAGAGUGAGGCUAUAUGAGAUUUCAGUAUCUGCCCUUCCAAGCAUCAUCCCUCUGUUUAAGUAUUUCGUUGUCAUAGACUUUGAGGCAACCUGUGAUAAAGAGAGGAAUCCCCAUCCACAGGAGAUUACCAAGUUCCCAUCUGUAAUAGUGAACAGUUCAACUGGCCAACUUGAAGAUUAUUUUCAAAUAUAUGUGCGGCCUACAUACAAUCAACUCCUGAGUGAUUUCCGCAAGGAGCUUACUGGUAUUAAGCAGGUUCAGGUGGAUAAAGCCGUUCUUCUAAGCGAAGCAUUACUUCUUCAUGAUCAAUGGCUUGAAGAUAAGGGGAUCAAGCAAACCAACUUUGCUGUUGUAACAUGGUCGAACUGGGAUUGUCGGGUAAUGCUGGAAUCUGAAUGCCGAUUUAGAAGGAUCAGGAAACCACCAUACUUCAACAGAUCGAUCAACUUGAAGGUUCCAUUCCAUGAGGUAUUUGUUGGGGCAAAGUGCAACCUUGAAGAGGCCGUUGAGCUAGCUGGCCUGGUAUGGGAAGGCCGUGCUCACUGUGGGUUAGAUGAUGCUAAGAACGCUGCCUGUCUGCUUGCCCAUCUCAUGCAUCGUGGAUUUAGGUUUACCAUAACAAACUCGCUGGUUUGGCAGUCAGUAGAUCAUCCAUUAACAGUGCAGCCAUUUCUGGAUCGCCAAUCUAGCUCCACCCAGCAACCCUACAGGACAAAGCACCAUAAUUCCUUGCCCUUCGUCCAGUUCCAUCCUGUACAAGCUGUUCCCAACAAAGAUCACUGCAUGUACUGCUUUUGCGGAGUUAAAACAAGUGGGCGAAUGAUCAGAAAACCUGGACCAAGACACGGCAGUUCCUUUCUCGGGUGUGGUAAUUGGACUGUCAGAAGAAGCGCCCUCUGCCCAUAUUUCGAAUGGGCUUCACCCUGAAUUAUGCAGAAGGAUCUCCAUCAUUUUCACUUAUUUCAAAAGUAUCAAAUACCAUCAUCACAUCAGAUAAGAAAAAGAAACAUAAGAGAGAGCGAGAGAGGUCUCCUAUGAGAACAACUUAGCCAUGGCUGCUACUGAUGCGUCUACAUUUCGCAAAUUGUGUGGCCAAGGUGUCGUCUCUGUUCACUACUGCCUCUUAAGAAGUCCAGCAGGGAAAUGUGGGGAAACCCUUCCAAACCCACCUGUAAAAAUGACUUCUUGUUUGUAUCUGAGAGUGAAACAAUGAGAUAGGAAACGGCUUUACAUAGGAGGGAAUGCUUUUACAAUGAACAGACAUGGCUGACAACGGUUCUAAAUAAUUUUAUGAUAUGGAUUAAAGAACUUUCUUUAUUAUUCGGAAUGGGCACUCAUCCUUCUCCCCUUUUCUUUUUUUUUCAUAUUUGAUUUAUCAAUCACUAAUUUAUCUGCAACAUCAAGUAACAGUGACACACAAAGAUGAAAGGGAAUGGGCAG